AUGAAAAGAUUUUUCGCAAAGAAAAAGUUAAGAAAAUCAAACUCGGAAUUACCUGAGAAGCCGAAGGAGAAUGGAAAUGGAGCAAUACCAAUUGAUAUUCCUCAAUCCAAAUCAACGAACGUCGUCAAUAACGUUGCUUCGUCUUCUGAUGAUUGGGAAGCUGUCUGUUCAUCACACGGAGAUGAACGAUCCAAAAAUUUCGAUUCGGAAUUAGAUAAGCAUAUGAUGCAAACCAUAACAGACGUCAAAUAUAUGAUUAAAAAAAGUAAAUAUACGGCUUUAGGAGAAGUGAACUUUCAUCGGGGAUGUUUAGAUGCUCAUAAUGCUGUUAGGCAAAGGUACGGUAAUCAACCACUCUCUUGGUCAGCGGAAUUGGCUGAUAUGGCUCAUGCUUGGGCUGUUAAGUUAGCGGAAAGAGGCAGAAUACUCUAUCCUGAACUACCAGGAAUUGGAGAGAACGUUUUAUUGAAAGAAGCAGAUGAAUCAUCUCAUUUACCAACGGGUCCCGAAGUUGUGUCUGUUUGGGAAGAAGAAGCGAAGUUUUUCGAUUUUGGAAAGCCCAAAUGGAACCCAAAAUGUCAGCGUUUUUCUCAGAUGGUUUGGAGAGAUUCUCAGGAACUUGGAGCAGCCCGUUAUUGGAAUACAUCCAAUAAUUGUGUUGCAAUUGUUUGUUUUUACCGCCCAGGUGGAAAUUCGAAUGCUCCUGGUGAAUUUGCUUCAAAUGUGCCAUCACGUGACUGUUCGAUGUCACCAUCACGAAACUUAUCGUCCAAUUUCAAACGAGUUGUUACAAUAAAUGAAACGCCUGAAAAGAAGAAACAAUAA